AUGGUGUCUGCAGCUAUUCACAAUGAGGAAGUCUAUCCGUAUGGAGGAAGUGUUCCGCUGAACCUGGCCAGACUGCAUGCCUCAGUGGCCCACUACUCCCUGCAGCAUGGGGACGACGACUAUCUGGUGAAGAUUGUCUGUGUCUCAGACUGCCACGAGGCAGCACAGCUGGUCCGCACCAUCUCCGAGGACACUCGGAAACAGAACGAGGGUGUAAAUGACCAGGAUUGGAGCGAUAGGGAGUGGAUAGCGGAUGACAUGGAAAUGCGCGAAAGAUUUCUUUUGGGAUUUCCUUGCCUCAAUUCAUUCAGUGCUCUACUGAUGUUAAGAAGACAUCCUCUGAGACAACUCCUGAUGCUAAACUUGACCCAGCUCCAAGAACAGUUUCCUUGGCUACCACUGAAAGUUGCAAAGUUCUUUACAGAAAUGUGUCACGUGUGUUUUCAACCCAACCUGUCUGUCCAUCCUCUUACUACUGGUGGUAGUGAGGCUAGCAACCACUGGCAGAACUCAGAGGGAAUCCACACUUACAACGAACCCACCACAGCCAUCAACCUAGAUGACAGUCUCCAGUAUACUACUGAAGAAAGCUACCCAACCAGUGCUGUCAAUCAUGAUACAGAGCCACAGCACACUCAACAGCUACUGCUACCUUCAUUCCCCACUGGUACAUCAGCUCUCUGGUCGUCUGAGGAGAACAGUGACAUGCCAGGUCUCCUCACUUCACAGCCUGUCACUGCCAACGAACCCACUUCCAUCGUACAUCAAUCUCCUAACACUGAGUUGGUUGAAGAGAGAGUGUCUGAUUUUAAUCACUUCACUCCUCAGCAACGUCACCAAAGGUUUCAAAACACACAGCUGCCACACGAUAAAAAUCAAAGUGGCCAAAACUACUCCACAACAACAUUUGUUACUACAACCAUGGGCAAGAGUCCUUCUCCGGCCCAUAUCUCCCUCUUUGAGCCCCGGACCACUAGCUCUCCUUCAGGAGGUGCAGACGGCUCGGCCAAGUUGAGUGACCACCACUUCCUUGUGCCCGAGAACCUCUACAAGGAGUAUUAUGGGAACGACCCCAUGCCUCCGAGACUGCUCACCAGUGGUAUGGUGAGGAGAACGCCGCGUCGUCAACCUAUCAAGUCUCUCGACCUGGACAUUGGCCCAAGUCCACUGAGAGAGGGGCCUCGUUUACAGGCUAACGACAGGGCCGCAGCCCUCGACAAUGGCUCUAGAUACACAGAGAGCACAGUCAGUAGCGGGCAAGGGGUGUCAGAGGGUGUGUCGUAUUGGCCUGGUGGGUGGGCUAAAGUUCAGGGAGUUGAGGGUCUGAUGACGUUUCACUCCAGGCAGAGCUCGGGUGGGCGAGAGCCCCGAGUAAAGUCUCCUCUGUUUUCAGACACAUCCCCGGGAGCUACGAGUCAGAGAUUCAGACAAAAGAGACCUCUUCCAAGGAGCCCCUUAUUUGACUGCCGAGUGCCCAACCAAUCCAUAUCACCUCAGAGCGGAGGAGCAGAGUCCUCCCUCUUCCCAUCUCCUAACGUUAGUCUCGGAUCAGUGAAACUUAGCCCUCUGCGCAAGCGACGACUCGUCUACAAGAAACUUCCCUGCAGCUUGGAUGGACAGACCAAACUAGCCUUUGAGUAACAUUAGAAUUGCACGACAUGUAUACAUACGUAUGGAUACAUUUGCAGUUAUUUGACAUAAAAAUACCUGACAGAAAAGGGUGAUUUAAGGUAUCAUGCAUACUUCAGUGUAGUUUAAACAUAAAAAUACCCGAGAAAAACCAAGCGGAAAAGGGUGAUUUAAAAGGUAUAUGUAUAUACUUGGAUGCAGUUAUCAAACAUAAUAUAUACCUGAUAGAACCAAAAGAAAAAGGGUACUUGAGUGUUGCAACAUAUAUGCUUCCGUUAGUUAUUUGCCCAGGGAUCACCCGGGGAAAUUGGUCCCAUUUCAAUUUCAGCCACCUGAUGAUCAGGCAUAGUCCCAUUGCCUCCCUGUGAGUGAGUGAAGCUCCCUGUCCCACUGUUUGUGGUGGUUCCACGGGUUUCAUUGCACACACAUCCUCACCAGUGGGCGUCUCUUUAACAUUCAUGUACACUGCUUCGGGGGUACUGCCCCUCACUUUUACGCUCUGGGAGAAUUUCAUGAUGGGGGUUAUCGGGUCUUUUCCAGCACACGUGGAUAGAUCACGUGGUAGAGUCGCAGCCUUUGGCAGAGGAAUUUCGUAGUUUUGUGCCAGUGCUGCAGCUUUGGCCGGGGGCUUCUUAAAGUUUGGUAGGACAGUCUCGUAGUUGUGUGUCAGGUCAGGUGGUGUCCUGUACACAAUAAUAAUAAAACAGCAGGUGUGUAAUGAUUGCAGAGGCCAGCAAAACUCACCCACUUUGAGAACCCUUCAUCGACCUUUUACUGAAAGUGGUGGCUGUGAAAUGAAUGAAUAAAAGGCCGUAUAUUAUAUAGUCACUACUGAUGCCAUCCAUGGGACAGUGAAAGGAAAACAGGGUUUUGUGAAUGUUGAUGAAACGUUGGCCUCUUCCCAAAGUACACAACCUUUUCCCUGGUGGCAUUUGUGCAUGCAUCAUGAGGGCAUUCACAUUUGGGAUAUUGAAACAGACGUGUAUGCAUCCUUCUUUCAAAGAGGACACACAAUAAAUUACAGCCACACUUCGUAAAGCCUACGGUGCCACUAAGCUGAAAGUAGUAUAGUUAUGGAGUACCCUGACCAGUUCACUACUAGUUCGGUAUGCACUGUAUUCUUAUCCAGUAAUAAUUAUGCCUACUAUAAUCGUAAAA